GAAGAAGAAGCGGCGGUCGCUCACGCUGUCUGGUGGCUAACUAUUGCUCAGUAGUAGAUCAUGGCUGCGUCUAAGCCAGUCGAGCCGCAGUCCGGGACUGGACUACCCCGCUGGCAGCUGGCCCUGCUAGUCGGGACCCCCAUAGUGCUGGGAGUCGGGGCGGUUUACCUCUGGAACCGCAGCAGGACGAAGGAAAGGAAAGGCACCGGGGAGCGGAAAACACCAGAAGGCAGCGCCAGCCCCGUGCAGGGCCAAGACGGCGCACCAGCCAGCAGAGAGCCGGAGAACAUGAGCCCAUUGGACAGGGCCCAGGCAGCAAAGAACAAGGGCAACAAGUACUUCAAGGCCGGCAAGUUUGAAAACGCCAUCCAGUGCUACACAGAGGCCAUCGCUCUCUGCCCUACAGAGCAGAAGACGGAUUUGUCAACAUUUUACCAGAACAGAGCAGCAGCCUACGAACAACAGAUGAAAUGGACAGAAGUGGUCCAGGACUGCUCUCAGGCUGUGGAGAUGAAUCCACGCUACGUCAAGGCUUUGUUCAGGAGGGCUAAAGCUCUGGAAAAACUAGACAACAAGAAGGAGUGCCUAGAAGACGUCACAGCUGUGUGUAUUCUCGAGGCCUUCCAGAACCAACAGAGCAUGCUGCUGGCAGACAAGGUGCUGAAACAGCUGGGAAAAGAGAAGGCCAAAGACAAAUACAAGAACCGUGAACCGAUGAUGCCUUCCCCUCAGUUCAUCAAAUCCUACUUCGGCUCGUUCACUGAUGACAUCAUCUCACAGCCCCUGCAAAAAGGGGAGAAGAAAGAUGAGGACAAGGAUAAGGAGGGCGAGGCAGCCGAGGUCACUGGGAGCUCUGGCUACCUGAAGGCAAAGCAGUACAUGGAAGAGGAGAACUAUGACAAAAUCAUCAGUGAAUGCACCAAGGAGAUCGAGUCAGGGGGUCGGUACACUGCAGAAGCCCUGCUGCUGCGCGCUACAUUCUACCUGCUGAUUGGUAACGCUACUGCUGCUCAACCCGAUCUGGACCGGGUCAUCAACAUGCAGGACGCCAAUGUGAAGCUACGGGCCAAUGCUUUGAUCAAGCGGGGAAGCAUGUACAUGCAGCAGCAGCAGCCUAUGCUCUCUACACAAGACUUCAACAUGGCAGCCGAGAUCGACACACGCAAUCCUGAUGUCUAUCACCACAGGGGUCAGCUAAAAAUCCUGCUGGACCAGGUGGAUGAGGCCGUUGGAGACUUUGAUGAGUGCAUCCUGCUCAGGCCUGACUCUGCUCUCGCACAGGCUCAAAAAUGCUUCGCUCUUUACAGACAAGCGUAUACUGGAAACAACCCGUCACAAGUACAGACAGCCAUGGACGGCUUCGAGGACGUUAUCAGAAGAUUCCCCAAGUGUGCAGAGGGCUACGCUCUUUAUGCUCAGGCUUUGACUGAUCAGCAGCAGUUUGGAAAAGCGGACGAGAUGUACGACAAGUGUAUUGAACUGGAACCAGACAAUGCUACUACAUAUGUGCACAAGGGUUUGUUACAGCUCCAAUGGAAACAAGACCUUGACCUGGGUCUGGAGCUCAUCAGCAAGGCCAUUGAAAUUGACAACAAAUGUGACUUUGCCUACGAAACUAUGGGAACCAUCGAAGUUCAAAGGGGAAAUCUGGACAAGGCAAUAGACAUGUUCAACAAGGCAAUUAACCUGGCCAAGUCCGAGAUGGAGAUGGCCCAUUUGUACUCAUUAUGUGACGCAGCAUACGCCCAGACUGAAGUGGCGAGGAAGUACGGGCUCAAACCUCCAACACUGUAAUGUCUCUCUGCCAACCGACCGCCAAUCUCAAUCUUCAUUGCUGAACCUAACCGUGUUAAAAUGCAACUGUCUGACUUAACUUUUGAUUUGUAAAGAGAAAAGAAAAGAAAAAGAGUACUGGAUUAUAAAAGAGAGAGAAAAGGAAGAGCCCUGAAUAUAUAUACCGUGUUUACAUCACAUUAAAGGGGUUGUUAUCAUGGAAUGAAGGAUUUCUGUUCAGAGUGAAGCCGAGGCUGUGAUCCAGACCUCUGGUUGAUUUGGUGGUUUGUCAGGGUGGGAGGUUGGGCGGAGGCCCUUUACUGGCACUUAAUUCAACCCCAGCAGCAUCAUUAAACCUUUUAUGGCUCAGAAUAAAGAGAAAGAUACAUGAAUGAUCCAUGUAUACCUGUCUAAAUUAAAAGUAACUAUGUGAAAUGUAAGUUAACAGAAAUGUGCGCAGUCUGUUAAACCAAGUACUGACUUUAAGGCUUUUGUGACACGUUUGAAUCUACAGAAAAUACUGUGAGAGCUUUAUAUAGUUCUAAUGGACUGUUCACUUGUUAAUUUAUGCUGAUCUGAAGUGUUUAUUUCCAGCUCCUUUUCAUAUGUAACAUACACUAUCAGUUCCAAAAUGCAAGAUUAAAAUUAUAGUCAAAUGUGUAAUGUCUGUGUUUGUAAUGCUGGAAUUGAUCCCAUGGAUACCGGGCAACAGAGAGAGUUAGUUUAGCAUCCUCAAGAGUUUUUUUUUUUAAUUAUGGGACUGCCUGUUUUCUUUUUUUAUAUAUAUAUAUAUACUUUGUGCAGCAUGUUCACUUUAUAAAUGUAAAUGCAAUGCUCGUGCUGUCUUGAACACUAGGAAAACCCCAACUAUAAGAGACUUUGGGCAAAACACUUUUGAUUAGAAAAACUUAACCAACUCAAUGUCUUUAGUUUUUUUGAAAAUGUUAUUUUUGAAUUUCCUCUAGAAGAUUUCACAAGGGAUUGGAUAUUCAGUGUUUUUUCCUAGCUCACUUUAAAUGAGAAACGUGAUUUAUUUUCUAUUUUAUUGUAAAAUGUUUAUUUUUCAUGCUACAUUACAUCUUUUUGACAGAGUAACCAGAAAACAGUGGUUUUAUUUUUUUCUGUCCUAUUCAAAUUAUAUUCUCAAAACCCGAGCCUUACUGUUUCUAACCCAUAUGCAGCCCCCAGAAUCUCUUGGUAUAGUGUCUGAUUUGGUUCUGAAAUAGCAUCGGUACUUUGUAUAAAACUAAAAUUAGCCAAAACUGCUGAAUGUUUGUGUGUUUUGAACAUUUUUCAACUAUAUUCUAAUGUUCUGUAGCAUCCAUCCAUCUAGCAGCAGUCAUGGCUACAUUUUACUGACUUUGUGGUAAUACCAAGGAACCAAAUCAUGCUUUCCAACUGCAGCUGCUGACAACUUCUCAGCAAAAAUCAUCAGUCUUAAAUUUAAAAACAAACGGGAGGACCCUUGAGAAAUUGAUGUAACCGUCAGUAGAUAAUCUGCGGAUAUCCACAAAAUAUUGGCUAUUUAAUAUAAAUUACACUGACAUUCUUUAUAAAUAUGUAUGGUGACCAAAGUGAAAAAGAAAAUGAAUCCUAAUAAAGUUAUAAUUCCUGGAAUGAA